ACACCGACUAAGUCCUCAGUGGCUGCCAAAUGGGGUACUUUCAUUCAGAUUUGGGAUAUUUUUAGUGACAGUGUGAGCGGAAAAAUGGCAUUGGUGGCUUGAUUUAUAGAUUUCAUUGUGUAGCAAAAAUAGAAUUUUGACGUUUUUUAGUGGAGUUGGUGACUGUGCCAUAUACUGUCAAUAAAAUCUGGCAACCCUGUAAGUAUUUGGCCUUGGUGUAAUCAGAGGUUAAACUUGUCUACUGUGGACUAACUCAUUUUAUACAAAUUUGAUGAGUCAAGAUAACAGUGCAAAAUGAAUUUUAGAUGUAGGUUAUCUCCCAACAGGUCUUCGUACCGUUUUCUGGUUAGGUUGAGGCACAUUAUAAAAUAGGUGGGGUUUAUCAGGUUGUGUCAAACGACGCCAGUCGACGACCCCAACGCGAUCGAAGCGAGUUUUUUUUACCUAGAGCCGCAACAUCGCGGUACUUCCGGGAAUGCUUGCAAUGUUGACUUGGCAGACCAGACCGGAUUUUUACCAUUACUGUUAGCUGAUUAUUUCCUUGAAAUUUAAACGCAAAACCUAGAUUGAAGAACAUAUCUUAUGUAGCUGAAACCGUCAAACUAUUACCCCGUAAAUAGCCUAACGUUUCAUUUUCAUUAAAAGCACGUUUGUGUCUUUAGGAUGUCUUUGAUGAAACGAACUGCAAAUGCGCAGUUCGACGCAACUUCACCAUUAGUCAAUGACGUCUUUCUGCGCAUGAGCUAGUUUAACUUACGCCGCCAUGAGUUUUAUCGGGAAGAAGCGAUUUUUGCGUAUCUUCGUGCUAACCAUCUUUGGUUGGGUGCUCAGUUCGGGCGGUGCGGAAAAGUAUAAGUAACAAAGGAAGAGUUAAUCAUGUACGCUUUCAGUCGUUUACUGUAAUUAUUAAACGUCAACAUUUAAUAGUACCAAGGAUACUCGAUGGUUCCUAAAUCAAUUUAUAUAGUACUCAACAGCGAAUAUACCUACAUCAAUUUCUUUGGAGACCGAUUGUUGAACAGCCACACACGAAUCAAGCGAUAAAACGACGAGUCUUCAAUUUCUGCGGCACAAUGAGUCUGAACGAACAUUCAUUACAAGCACUGUCGUGGAGGAAGCUUUACUUGAGUCGAGCAAAACUGAAGGCUUCCAGUCGCACGUCUGCCCUACUAUCGGGGUUUGCUAUGGUAGCAAUGGUGGAGGUGCAGUUGGACACAAAUUAUCCUUACCCACCUGGUCUCCUAAUUGCCUUCAGCGCCUGCACAACUGUCUUGGUGGCCGUUCACCUCUUUGCUCUGAUGGUUAGUACCUGCAUCCUGCCUAACAUCGAAGCAGUCAGCAAUGUUCACAACCUCAACUCCGUGAAGGAGUCUCCACAUGAGAGAAUGCACCACCACAUAGAGCUGGCCUGGGCCUUCUCUACAGUCAUUGGCACCCUGCUGUUCCUAGCUGAGGUGGUACUGCUCUGCUGGGUCAAAUUCCUUCCCAUUAGGCCUAAGAACCACAACUCCAACAAUGGGACUAUCUCUGCAGGUGUCGCUGCUGCCAUAACCUCCACCUCCAUCAUGGUGCCAUUUGGCCUGAUAUUUAUUGUCUUCGCUGUACAUUUCUACCGUUCCCUUGUAAGCCACAAGACAGACAGGCAGUUCCAGGAGCUGGAGGAGCUGUCCAACCUUACCAGGCUACAGAAUGAGCUGGAUGGGAGAGGGGAGUCUCUAAUGCAAUCCCCCAGUUCUCAUUUCCCAUAAAAGACUGUACACUCUCAGGCAAUGUCUCUUUUAAGCCAAUGAGGUAGUCCUAUUAAUCUGGCCCGGGUAAACCAGUCACUCCUGUCAUGAAUGCAAGGGAUGAGGUACGGCAUACUCAAACCAAACAGUAAUCGGCACUGCUCUGUUAACAUUUAAUGUUUUAAUUCUUAAACUAGUUUUCACUGGUAUUGUGGAGUAAGUAUUCAUCAAAAGCAAUCACUUCAACAUGUUAAAACACAGAAUCCUAUUAAUUUCUCCACAUGCUGAUUACGUCCCUUUUGUUUGCCAGUGUCACUUGUUUGACAAAACGAGGUGACAAACGUCAAGCAUCCCAGUUCUCAAACUAAUGUAAUCAACUUUCAGCUGGUUAAAAAGGCUUGCAACGGACACCUGGGCCCGAUAAAAGAACUAUCUCAGGACUUGGUUGACAUUUGUAUUAAACCGUAUACAUAAUCUGUUCAACACAUCCUGUGCUACAGUUUUCAGCUGUUUCACAUUUCUAAAAGGUUUUUAAUUGAUUUUUGAAGGAAGGAAUUCGGUCAGUGUUAAAUUAAACUGUGAAACUAUUCCAGUAAACGCAUGUACAUGUUUUCAAAGGAAUAUAAUGGCAUGUAACCAGCACUUUGAGCAUUGAGAACAUUGUUACUCCAUUCACCUUGAAGGUAAUGGAAGGAUGGGGAGUAAAAAGGACACUGUCUGUAUUGUGACAACCUGACUUC